AUGAGUGGAGUCGAGGCGGCAAAGCGUCUAGCCGCGAGGUCAGCCGUCGAUGCCUUUGUCAAGAAUGGAUUCAAGCUGGGAAUCGGCUCCGGAUCGACUGUAGUUUACGCGGUGGAGAGAAUCGCGGAACGAGCGCGAGCGGAGAAUCUUCAGCUCACUUGUGUACCCAGCAGUUUCCAAGCUAGACAGCUUAUUAUCGAGCACGGCUUGCUUCUAUCCGAUCUCGAGCGAACUCCGGAGCUCGACUUGGCAAUCGACGGAGCUGACGAAGUCGACGACCGACUUACCCUGAUCAAGGGUGGCGGUGGAUGUCUCCUCCAAGAAAAGAUCGUCGUCAACGCGGCAAAGGAUUUCGUCGUUGUUGCUGAUUACAGAAAGAACUCGGCCGCCCUCGGGCAGCAGUGGAAAAAGGGAGUGCCGAUCGAGGUGCUGCCUCUUGCGUACAGACCGGUGCAGAAGGAAAUCGAGUCCCGUUUUGGUGGUGUUGCAAAACUGCGAAUGGCAAAAGCGAAAGCAGGACCUCUCGUCACUGACAACGGCAUGUUCAUCAUUGAUUGGGAAUUCAACGAAGCUCCAGCUGAAGGAUGGACAAAGAUCGGAAUGGAGCUCAACAAUAUUCCGGGCGUCGUUGAGCACGGAUUAUUUAUUGGCUGCGCAAAGAAGGCAUACUUUGGAAAUGAAGACGGAACGGUUUCGGAACGAUGA